AUGUCACCCAUGGUUUCUCCAGCGCUCACUCAGGCUUCUCUGGCCGGCAGCCAGACCGCCAAACCCAAGAAUAAAAUUCAUGUUUCUUUUACGGAUUGGGUGCUCGGCGGCUCGCUCCUUUCCAUCAAUGCUGCAGCCAAUGAUGCGGUAGCCGCGACUCAUCAGCGAAGCGAUAGUAAUCGUAUUCGGGCUACGGCGGGAAAGGAUAAGAAGGGUAGGAAUAUAGUGAUACUCGAGGAUCGAAAUCAAAAUCGAGUAGUGGGGGGUGAAGUGGAGAUGUUGGUUGUGAGGAAGGUGGGGGGGAGAAAAACGAGUGAUGGUAGAAGUAGGAGUGCGAGUGGAGGGUCAAAUACGACGGUUGUGAAGGCGAAGAUUGUGGAGGAGGUUUUGGAGACGGUUGUGGAGGAGAAGAUUGUUGAGGAGGUGAAGAAAGAGGAGAAGGUUGAGGUGAAGAAGGAUGAGAGUGCUGAUGAUAAGGGUGAGCAUACGUUGAAUUUGCAGAAAGAUGAAGGAAAGAAAGAGGAAGAGAAGAAACCCGAGGGGAAGGCCGAAGAGCCCAUCACUGAUGUUGUCCCUGAAACAGCUGCAAACCCAAUCACCGAAGAAAAAGAUACUAAACCCGAACCUGAGAUCGUAAUCGUGGAGGUUGAAGUCGAGGGAAAGGAUAAGGAUAAAGAAAAGAAUAAAGAUAAAGACAAAGAUGCUAAGACAGCAUCCAAAGGCGAGGAUGAACCCGAAUCUGAUAGUACUAAGCUUGAAGAACCAAGCGCUGAUACCAUAGCCAUAGAUUCCAAGGAGAAGACGGACUCGAACGCCGAGAAACCUACAGAGGUUAAAGAAGAUGAUAAGAAUGGCAAGGUAGAAGCUGUCGAUGGCAAUAAAUGGACCAAAGAACAAGACGAGAAGCUCAUGUCUAUGAAGAAGGAAAAUAAAACGUGGAAGGAUAUCGCAGGGGAAUUAGGUGCCAGCAAGAAAGAUGUGGUGGCGAGAUACAAGGUUUUGCAGGCACAGGAGAAAGAGGAAGAUGAAGAAGAUGAAGAAGAGAAAGAGAAGCCCAAGAAACCCGAGAAAAAGAAAAAGAUCAAGUGCACCGCACAAACCGACAACACCGAAGACACCGAAGACGAAAUUUACAUCUCACCCAACUGUCCCUACCACCACCCUAAACACAAGUCUGCCUCCUCCUCCUCCUCGAAACAAGACAAGAAGAAGAAGCGCAAAUCCUAUGGCGAGCUUGAUAGAAAUAGAGAUGAAGGGGAAGAGGAAGAGGAAGAGGAGAGAGAAGAGCGUGCGCAAGGACAUUCAAACGGACAUGGACAUGGAAAUAGAAAUGGACAAGGAAAUGGACAUCUUCGACCGGAUAAAAUAUGGUCAGCCGAAGAUUGCGAAACAUUAGAGUAUCUCAUGGAGAAACACAGGAGUACACAAUGGUUGCAAUUACAAGCCGGCUUCUAUAAUUAUACGGGGAGGAUGGUCAACGCGGAAUUUAUUGAGAGGAAGUUUAGAAAGGAUGGACUUGCUUAG